AUAAACUCUGCAAAAUAUAACUAAUCUAAAUAUGCAUUUGAAUCAUGAAGACGUUAUUGAAAUAUCUCCAAUACUAUUAUUUAUAUCGAAAAUAUUUAAAUUUCAACAAAUGAAGGUCAAGUUUCUUUCUUUAAAUAGAGUCGCAUAUUUUGGUACAAAAAAAUAGCAUUUGACUGUGUCCUAAAACCACUUAAUCAUUAGAGUAGUUUAAUUUUAGCUAGUGUUAAAAAUUUAGGGUUAUUGAUGUUGACUAAAGAUAUUGAAAUUUUAGGGGUGCAAAGAUUUAGGACGCUGAGAGUUCGGAUUAUCAAAAUUCUACGAAUAUAGAGAUCUUAUGACUUAAGGGUUUAGAAUAUAGGAGUUUAGGAUAUCAUAGUUCUAAGAAUAUAAUAAUUUAGAGGUCUAGGUACGUAGAAAGAUAUAUUUCAUAUCUCAUGUCCACCGAUUCAUAUCUCAAAUCUGACGUCUCACACGUUACGUCCCGUGUCUUAUGUCACAUGCCUCAUGUCUCUCACAUGUUUCGAGUCAAAUAGAGCCACUAAAACAACAACAUGAUAAAAGAUAUCCCCAUGUAAAAGCACCGCAAACCCGAGGACAACGAUCAUAAUUCACGCGUUUGGUUCGACGUCAAAGUCCGAAGUUGAUCGAUUUUUUUCGCGAUUGGCGAUCAUCCAACAAGUUCGGUGGCUGUCGAGGACGACGCUCGCUCCACCAGCGGUCCACUAUAUUUAAAUAUAGUCGAAGAUCAUCGUAGUGGAUGGACCAAGAGAGCUAGUCUUAUGUGCGAGCUACUGAUAGCAGCCGCUCCUCUCGGUGGAGCAGCAGCGGCAGUAGCCUUUCUGACAAGCGGACCGAUCCAAACGCGAGUACCAACCACGAGAAGAGUAGUCUCCGAAACGGGCUAACUGGCCCGUCUGUUUCCGUGCGAGCAGACACCGUCAUCCGGGGCAAAAUCUUCCGCUGAAGGAUCAUCGUCGGCCGUAGCGUCCGCGUACGGUCCGAGAUAUGACGUCGACUUGUUUCUCACCCGAACCGAUUCGACCACCGAUCGACCUCACCGAUCAAUCCGACACAGUCAAGGGUACCGACCUGAUCCGAGUGUCGAGGUUUUUCAAGGACAGCAAGGAGGGGAAGUUCGUCAGCUACGUGCACGAGGACACCAGGACCCUGUACGACGGUUUCCGCAAAGGAGCCAAGGAGUCCAACAACGGCCCCUGUCUCGGUUGGCGCGAUGGCCCCACAAAACCCUACCAGUGGCUCCACUACAACGAGGCCCUACUCAGGGCGAAGAAUUUCGGCUCCGGUUUGGUCACACUAGGCUUGACACCAGGUUCGCACACCUUCGUGGGUCUCUAUAGUCAAAACUGCCCUGAAUGGAUCCUAACGGAGCAGGCCUGUUACACGUACUCCCUCGUGGUGGUACCUCUUUACGACACAUUGGGACCCGAUGCCUGCGCCUUCAUCAUCAACCAGGCUGAGAUAAAUUUGGUCGUCUGCGAAAAUGAUAAGAAGUGUAAUUUGCUUCUUGAUAAGGCACCCAGGUGUCUAAGAAAAAUGGUAGUAAUAAAAGAAACACGACAGACAACAACUCAAAGGGCGAAGAACCGCGGCGUCGAGUUGCUGAAGUUCGAGGACGUGGAGCGUCUCGGUGCCCAAAAGAAUCAUCCGGAAGCGCCGCCAAAGGUGAACGACCUAUGCACGAUAUGCUACACUUCCGGCACCACCGGUAACCCCAAGGGUGUGAUGCUGACGCACCAGAACGUGAUAGCAGCCAUUUCCGCGGUGCUGCUGCAGUUAGGGGAGCACAGGCCCUCGUACAAGGACACGAUGAUCAGCUUCUUACCUCUGGCACACAUGUUGGAACGAUGCUGCGAGAACGGCAUGUACAUGGUGGGCGGAUCCGUAGGCUUCUACAGCGGUGACAUCAAAAGGUUGCCUGAAGAUAUGAAAGCCUUGAGGCCUACAGUCAUGCCAGCGGUACCUAGGCUCUUGAAUCGGAUGUACGACAAGAUCCAAACCGAACUUCAAAAUUCCUGUUUCAAGAGGCUGAUAUUCAGCAUGGGUAUGCACGCGAAAGAGGCCCAGAUCAAAAAGGGUAUCAUCAGAAAUAAUAGCCUGUGGGAUAAAUUAGUGUUUGCAAAGAUCAAGGAAUCGACAGGAGGAAGGUUGAGACUGAUGAUGGUGGGUUCAGCUCCGUUGGCGGGAAAAGUGCUCACGUUUGCCAGGUGUGCUCUUGGAUGCUUGAUCGUCGAGGGAUACGGGCAGACAGAGUGUUGUGCACCGAUUACGCUUACUGUUCAGGGUGAUCAUGUGCCGGAACAUGUGGGACCGCCGGUCCCUUGUUGCUGUAUUAAAUUGGUAGAUGUUCCAGAAAUGGAAUAUUACGUCCACAAAAAUCAGGGUGAAGUGUGUAUUAAGGGUACUAAUGUGUUCGUGGGAUACUUCAAAGAUCCUGAAAAGACUGCUGAAGUUAUUGAUGAAUUCGGUUGGCAUCACACUGGAGACAUCGGCAUGUGGUUACCUAAUGGAACCCUCAAAAUAAUCGACCGAAAAAAGCACACGUUCAAGCUAUCACAAGGAGAGUACAUAGUUCCAGAGAAAAUCGAGGCAAUUUAUUUGCGAAGUCAAUACGUGUAUCAAGUAUUCGUUCACGGGGAGUCACUAAAGUCUUGCGUCGUAGGAAUAGUUAUUCCAGAUGUUGAUGUUGUAAAAUGUUGGGCAGUGGAGAACGGUAUACCCGGUACGCUAAGUGUGUUAUGCGCUAAUCCGCAAGUCAAACAGUUGAUCUUGGAUGAUAUGCUUGCUUGGGGAAAGGAAGCUGGUCUGAAAUCCUUCGAACAGGUGAAAGAUAUUUAUUUACAUCCUGAUCCAUUCUCCGUGCAAAACGGUCUUCUUACGCCACAAUUGAAAACAAGACGACCUCAAUUGAAGGAGUACUUCAAACCACAGAUAGAGGACCUCUAUCGACAUUUGGCCUGAUCAGACUAAAAGCAUUGAUUUUGAUCUUGUUUUCAUUAGCAAUAGAAACAACACGAAGAACCGAGAUGCGUUUCUGUCACAUUCACAGGAAUCACUUCCUUCGAAUCAUCGAAUACUCGUAAUCCGCGAUACUUUUAUUAUUAUAUCAUUUUCACGAUUACAUAGCAACGCAAGAUAAGGAAAGCACCGUUUAGGCUAUUAAGGUAAUUGAUAACAUUAUAAUAAAAUGAAUUCUUAUUAGGCGCGUCUGACUUUCUCUUCAGUAAUCAUCCUUCGACACUUGUAUUUACAGUCUUCUUCGCCCCCCUCGUCCUUGUAUUUUGAUACAGAUUAUCGUUCUUAUACGAUUAA